AUGAGUCUUCACAUUUCACUCGUCAAAAAAGCGUUCGAAGCUUCAUGGGAAAACACGAGAUCGGAACCAAAAAGAAAGUUAAGAGGUUCAAAGUCGGAGCUGUUCUGUGGUGGGUAUGAUGAUAUAGAGAAAGCGGUCCUGAGUAGUAUCACGGGUAUCAAGCUAGGAUCCUUCCCCACCCGUUAUCUCGGUCUGCCUUUGAACCCAAGCAGAAUCAGUUCCGCCACGCUGCAGCCGUUUGUGGAAAGAAUAACGGCUAAGCUUCACUCUUGGACGGUAAAACCGCUGUCGUUUGCAGGAAAAAUCAGACUAGUGGCCUCCGUCGUUUACGGCAUGGUUAACUUUUGGAGUUCAGUCUUUGUGCUUCCAAAGAGCUUUUAUCAGAAAAUUGACUCGCUCUGUGCAGCUUUUUUGUGGAGAAACAAAACGGACUCGGCAGCUGGAGCUAGAGUCGCGUGGAAAGACAUUUGUAGACCAAAACCAGAGGGCGGUCUGGGAAUAAGGCUGCUGGAGGAUUUUGCCUUGGUUUUCCGCCUGAAACUGGUUUGGAAUUUCUUUACUAAUACUAGCUCUAUCUGGGUGGCUUGGGUGAAGAGAAACAUGUUUGGUAGGAAGACUUUCUGGAUGAUGGAAGACUCCCCACGUUUCUCGGCAACGCUAAGAAGUAUGCUCCAAUUGAAAGAUUCUCUCAGAGAGUAUAUGAGAUGUGAGAUAGGCAAUGGGAUUACGGCCUCGUUCUGGUCUGAUAGCUGGUGCGAGUUGGGUCCUCUUCUUCUGUACCUGGGCACAGGAGGUCCGAGAGCGUUGAGACUCCGUUUAGACGCCUCAGUUAAUAAUGCAUCAAGGAAUGGUUCGUGGAACUUGCCAUCGGCAAGAUCUCAACGAGUUGAGACUCUCCAAAUCACCUUGACGUCCCUAACACCUCCUUCUCCUGCUGCUGGUGCGGAUCGCUACUUAUGGAUUCAAGCCAAUGGAGAUUUUGGGAACACAUUCUCCUCUAGGGUCACAUGGGAUCAGAUUCUACUUCCUCUCCGGUUAUCUACUGGCACUCGGUGGUAUGGUUUAAAGAGCAAGUUCCGAGAAGCUCUUUUUUCGUGUGGCUAG